GGCAGCGAGCACGGGAGAAAGAGAAAGCCACACAGCUCCAAGUGAAAGAGUGGCAGAGACCAGGAGGAAACCCUGCAAACACCUCAUCUGCAGCCACUCCAUAACCCGCAAGGACCCCUGUCCGGCUGCACACGCAGAUCCAGCAGCUUGCUGUUCUAGCAACAUUUCCUUGGGGAAGGACAAGCAACAAACUGAAGAUUACAGAAACCGUGGCCAGACUAGGUCAAGGGGGCAGAGCAAGUUUAGGUGUAUCCUAGUGAAUUUAGAACCGUCGUUCGUCCAAUCGUGAUACAACAACAUAAGACUUGUCUGAGGAUCUGACAAGAGCAGGAGUUUGGAAUCACCAGGGAAGAGAGAUCUAACAGAGGUGCAUUUUGGAUCAUCACAGAAGGAGGGUCUGACAGAGGUGCAGUUUUGGACUAUUGCAGAAAGAGGAUCUGUGUGAGCAGCAGUUUGGACUAUCGCAGAAAGAAGGGAUAGAAGAGUUAGAACAAGAGGAGCAGCCAGGAACUCUCUAUCCUUACAGCUAUGGGCUGGUUGGAAGAACCAGGAUGGCAGCUUCAUGUCUCCUUGAUCAUGCUUCUAUCACUGCACACUAGAGCAAAUCUUUUCGAUAACAUGCUGCUGAGGAGUUCGUCAAAACUGAAUGUGGACAGCAGAAAGGAGGACACAGAAAGUACAGCACCUGCCCCACCACAGAAGCUGCUGUCAUGUUAUUGUCACCACCACUGUCCAGAAGACUCAUUCAACAAUACCUGCUGGACGGAUGGUUACUGCUUUACGAUUAUAGAAGAAGAUGAAUCUGGGCUUCCUGUUGUCACUUCUGGUUGCCUAGGAUUAGAGGGAUCUGACUUCCAGUGUCGGGACACGCCAAUUCCACAUCAAAGAAGAUCCAUAGAAUGCUGCACAGACGAGGACUUUUGUAACAGAGAUCUUCACCCCACUUUGCCCCCUUUGAAAACCAAAGAUUUUGUUGAUGGAAGCAUCCACUAUAUGGCCUUACUUAUCUCUGUGACCGUUUGUAGUAUCAUCUUGGCAAUUAUACUAAUAUUCUGCUACUUCAGAUAUAAAAGACAAGAGGCCAGGCCACGCUAUAGCAUUGGAUUAGAGCAAGAUGAGACUUACAUCCCUGUUGGGGAAACGCUGAAAGAUCUCAUUGAACUGUCCCAAAGCUCUGGAAGUGGAUCAGGACUCCCUCUGCUGGUCCAAAGGACAAUAGCCAAACAGAUUCAGAUGGUGAAACAAAUUGGCAAGGGCCGCUACGGCGAGGUGUGGAUGGGCAGAUGGCGUGGAGAAAAGGUAGCUGUGAAGGUAUUCUUCACUACCGAAGAGGCCAGCUGGUUUAGAGAAACUGAAAUCUAUCAGACGGUACUCAUGAGACAUGAAAACAUUUUGGGAUUUAUUGCGGCUGAUAUUAAAGGGACAGGAUCCUGGACCCAGCUAUACCUGAUUACCGACUAUCAUGAAAAUGGAUCUCUCUAUGACUACCUGAAAUCCACUACUCUUGAUACAAAAGCCAUGCUAAAACUGGCGUAUUCUUCUGUCAGCGGCCUGUGCCACCUGCACACCGAAAUAUUUGGGACAAAGGGCAAGCCAGCCAUCGCCCAUCGGGACCUUAAAAGCAAAAAUCUAUUAGUGAAGAAAAAUGGAACGUGCUGUAUCGCGGAUCUGGGUCUGGCAGUGAAAUUCAUUAGUGAUACAAACGAAGUGGACAUACCGCCAAACACCAGAGUGGGAACCAAACGGUACAUGCCUCCCGAGGUGCUGGACGAAACCUUGAACAGAAACCAUUUCCAGUCGUAUAUAAUGGCCGAUAUGUACAGCUUUGGGCUUAUCCUUUGGGAAAUAGCAAGACGGUGUUUAUCAGGAGGUAUUUUGGAAGAGUACCAGCUGCCUUAUCACGAUGUAGUACCGAGCGAUCCUUCUUAUGAAGACAUGAGAGAUGUCGUGUGCAUCCGGAGGAUGAGACCCUCAUUCCCAAACAGAUGGAGCAGUGAUGAGUGCCUCAGACAGAUGGGCAAACUCAUGACUGAGUGCUGGGCUCACAACCCUGCCUCACGCCUCACAGCUCUGCGAGUAAAGAAGACGUUGGCCAAAAUGUCAGAGUCCCAAGACAUCAAGCUCUGAUUUAUCACGUUGCUAUUUCAGAAGAAACUCGGUGGAAAGGACUUUUUUUUCUAAUUUGUAUUUUAUUUUUUUGGUGACUGAUGGUACAGAAGAGAAAAAAAAAUUACAUUUUUUUAAUACACAUUGAACGUCUGUGUGUACCUUGAACACCACAGACUUAAGAAUCUGAGCGUCUAGACAAUUGAAUCACCGGUGACUAUCUGGACAGAAUCCAUAGCAUCUAUCACUCCAGCUGGUUGGGAGACAGCGUUUCAGUGACUGGAUGGAAGAAUUAGCAUGUUGCUUUCUGUGAAAGCCGAUACGUUUUUAAUGUUUGAAACAAAAGGACGGAUUUCUUUAAUCUUGCGAUAAAUAAAAAUGUCCAGUGUAAAUGUAAUAAUGAUAUAUAUUGUUAUGAAAUAAUGGAGCAAAGCAAAGGCACCACGUUUGAAAUAAUUAUUGUUUUCUUUUCGUCAAGCCAUAUCUGCUAAAUAUGGGGUCUGGGAAAGAGAUGAAGAAAUGUUUGUCGAGCCUCAAAUUCACUUUCUGCUAGCCUAAAUUUGUGUCAUUGUAAUAUGUUUCUGACAAUAUAUUUUUUUAAUAAGACUAAGUUCAAGGUA